AAAACAGAUAUCAGUGAAAUCAUUUUUUCCCUAGUAAAAUAAUGAGCGCGUUAUGUGAUUAAUUUUUAUUAGUUUGAGGUUAAAAGUUAUUCUGGUAAGAGAAAAAUGACGUCAAAAUAUCAAUUUAUUUGGUAACAACAGGCGUUUGCCAAUUUUUACCGCAAUAUGAUUUAAAUUCCUCUUCCUCUUAUACAUUUUCCUUACUUCACCACACAUAUUACAAUUUGAGUUUUAAAUUCUAUUUUGCAACAGCAGUGAGGAUCACAUUUCAUUUUUGAACAAUCAAACUCUGCAAAAGGGAAGUUGUUGUACGUUAGGAAUUUUUGUUUGUUACAUUAUCAAGAAAAGAUGACUACAACAGAUCAAACGAACUCCCUAAAAAUGGAAACCACAACACCACAAUCAAAAGUUGACACAUCUAAUGUCAAACACUGUCUAACGGAAGCGAACCACAAUACAACGGAAGCGAACCACAAUACAACGGAAGCGAACUGCAAUACAACACAAGCCAACACAAGCCAACCCCAUUACACCACAAGCGAACCGCAAUCCACAACCAGUCUUAUUUCAUCUACCACAAACCAGAAGUCAUCUAGUAUUCCAGAGACUAGCUCGAAAACAACACUGUCUGUGAAUCAAACAACAAUUAUCAGCAACACGUCGUCUACAAUAGCUUCUCAACUACCAGAUCCUUUCGUGCUUUCAAUCCUUUCUGUUGCGGUAAUGGGAGUGAUUGUCAUAUGCGUGUGCAUAUUAUCUAUCCGAGCUUUUUAUAAACAGCGACGUUCGAGUGUUUACAAAGAGAAGAAAGACGCAAUUCCUUUGGAAACGGGAGAGGCCAAAAUUUCAGCAACAGCAGUAUUGUACGAUGCCAUUGAACCUGAGAUUGAACUCACUUUUAUUUCGCAUUUAAGAAGAACCAAUGAAGAGAACGAAACAAAGACUACCGGGAACAAACAAAUGAUUGACAGCGAUUUAAAUUCUGUCAAUAGAGAGACGAAAGACAAACUUACUAAGGAAAUAAAAGAGACUAAGUUUAAAAAACCAGCAGUGCUAUACGAUGAAAUUGAACCAAAUAAAGAAGUCAGUUUUCUUUUACCAUUUAGGGGAACAGACGUAGAACAGGAACUAGAAACUACACAGAACCAACAAAUAAUUGACAGCGAUACGAAUCUAUACGUGGAUUGCCCGAACAAUGUGUACGACAAAAUGUUUGUUAGCAGAUCCCAUGUGAAUGAAAAUCAAGGAAAUGUUUACCAUAAAGUAGAUUUAAGAAAUAACCGAUACAGCCUGGUAAAGCCCAUUGGUACUGAAACAUCAUCCCCAAAAUAAACCAACCCUUCUCUGUGUAUUGACAUGACAGAAUGGAUUGCUUUCUGCACCAGGAUCUACUUGAUCCCGUUUGUUAUACUGGUUCGUGGGCUGCCAUUGAAAAUUUUUUGUAAAUAUUUUAAUGCAUCUAAAUUUGAAGUUCUUUAUUGCAGUUAAAACGAUUUCAUUGCAUGAUCUACCAUUUUGCCAAAUUCUGCAAUAUUGCAAAAUGAGAUGGUCUUCUGAGGAGACAGGUUUUUGUCACGGAAAAUAAGAGGAACGUUACCAUAAACUACGGCAAUGUUAACAUUCGCUCGUUUAAUAAAAUUAAUUUGCUAACAAGAACAAUAUGAAAAAUUGAAAUACUAAUAACAUUGGAACUAAUGUUAUCACUCGUUUUUUUAAAUUAUCAAUAUGUUUGAUUUAGUAUUUUGAAUAAGGUUCAUUUGGUAGCUCUUUUGGUGACUGUCAUAACAGUUUCCCAAUUAGAAUACAACAUUUCUUUUCACAAAUGCAUAACGUUCGUCAUAUUCAUGACUUUUUAUAUAUCACAAGUACAAAACUGAAAUUUGUUUUACACUCUAGAUCUUCUUUCCAGAGAAAUCAACAUUGAUUUAACUAUUUUAAACCCAUAUGGAGAAAUGGUGUACAUUUUACUAAUUUGCAUAGCGGCCAUAUUGUUAUCACAAUGGCGAUUUUCAAUACAAUAUAGAAUAUAUAGAGAGGAAUGAGAAAAAUCACAAAUUUAAAAAAAUAAGUAUUUCGGAAAUAUUUUCUCCUCAUUUGGUUUUGUAAUUUACUUCAUCCGGGAUUGGAAUAUUCUUGUUUUGUUUACAUUGGAUAUUGAGAUGGCGGUUCCUUUUGAACUUGAGAAAUCAAAGCGGGGCGUUGUAUGAAUAAAGUGUGUUUUAGUGAUGAAUGACGUCAUGAAGGGAUUUUGAAAUUAUUUUUUAAAUACUUACCAUUCAUAGGUAAAGUAGUUUCUCAUAUCUUUACAAAGUUUACAUUGCAAACUAGUUGUGUCAGAAAUAUUGACUCAAAAAAGUCUUGUCGGUUCCUUUUACUUUCAAUUUAGCAUUUUCAAGACUUUCUCAGUAAGCUAUCGGAAUUGCAACUAGGCAUUUAGGCUUUAUUCUGAAUCAUUAGGCAUAUUGCAUUAUCGUUAUAAAUUGAAUGAAAUUUUUCAGUUUAUAAUUCUGUUCUGUUUCAAGCUGAUAUUUUUAGCCGUUUCUUUAUUUACUUAUUUUAGCUGGUAUGGUCCUAAUUUUAGAUUAUCUAUAAUGGUUGGAUAGAGAGGUAUUCAAAGUGAAUUUGAAGUGUGAAUCACUGAUUGUGGUGACAAAAACAUACAAAGAUAAUCUAUGCAUUGCCCCAACACAUGUUCUCAUUCAAAAGAAUGAAAGUUUUGACGUAAUCAUACAAAUUUCAUACAUAAAAAAUACGUAAUUUUCAUUCGAAAGGGAGACAAUUUGAAGACAAAUAUUAAUGAGAACAGUGUUAUGAUGAUGAUGAUGAGUUAAAUAUUAUGACCGGUCCUGUUAGCAUUCCGUGCGGUACAUUUCGUUGUGAUAAAGACACAGUAUUAUAUGCUGUGCUUUCUUCUGUCAAAUAUUUACUUAACAGUGGACAGUUGAGAAAGAAAUCAAUGUGGAACAAAAUAUGUAAAGUUUUGGAAGGAAAAGGACAUAUAAUGACAGAUGCACAAUGUGAGGGGCGUAGAAAAUCCUUUUGAGGAUUUCCUAGGGGAUUAAAAAAUGUGCAUGAUUAUAAUAAGAAAUCAGGAAGGAAUCUCAAAUAUUACCCAUAUGAUAAAAAGAGUUGGCUUUCAUGGCUGAAAAGCCAAACAUUGCAGAGUCCUUUGUUGACGUGUUCUCUGGUAGUGGUAAUUCAAAAGCUUCAAAGCCUUUCACUGCAAGUGAAACUGCAACAGCAACAAAAUUUAACUGAAAAUUAGUCUGAUGCCGAAUAAGAAAAUUCAUGUAGUAGUGCUUCUAAGAAGAUAAAAAAGGAAUCUUUUGAAUAUGAGCCAAAAUAGAGAAAAAGGUCAAAUGAAGUUGGUGAAGUUCUUAAAAAAUUUCAUUGACACCCAACGGAAAAGGUAUGAUGACGAGUGUCAAAGGAAGGAGGGCAUGCACAAUGAACACAUGGAAAUCUUUGGCGGUUUCCUUGAGUUUCUUAAAAAAAGGAGCCAAUGAUGCAAAAAAGUAGAAAGGUUUACAUGUUCGAAACAUUGAAUACUGACCUUUUCAAAAAUCGGUCAUCUUUUAUAAUACAUCGCCUUUGACUUAACUUAUAGAGUGUAUCUAUCCAACCAAUGCUGAUUUGUCGGUAGUGAUUUUUCCCCUUCAUAUUUGCUCAUUUUUUUUUAAAAGAACACAAGAUUACAACUAAACUCUCAGUCUGUAUAUAGUGGCAUGUAAAAAUGUGAUCAUUAGAAUCUUGAACCCCCCCCCCCUCCAAUUUUUUUGGUUUCAACUGACGAUUAUUAGUAUUAAAAUCUAUACUUUUCUGUCAUACUUACAUAAUUAUAUUUGUCUUGUUUGUAUUGAAAGCAAGUGCAUUUUUGUUUGGUUUCAAAUUUUGUAUCUGUCACAUCUAUUAUUACAAAUUUAUGUUUUACAGAUACUGAUGUUUGCAAGAUAUGCAUGGAAUAUGGAAAUAAAUAAAAUUGA